AUGUUCAUACGGAGGACAGUCCUAAAGAGUAUUCCUCCGCUGCAAUUCCAUUUACUACGAAGAUACACCAUGGCUACGGAUCCUAAACUGGCGACGUUCCCCGCAGGGAGCCCUGCCAACGUGGGCAUCGACGGCGCAGCCGCAGAGAUGAAGCGGCCCGGCAGUCCCACAGACCUCAAGACGCAGCCCAAAAAGAAGGCUCGGAAGCCCAAGAAGUACAAGGCCAAGCCCGUGGACCCCACUUCUCCUGCAGGCGUUCUACAAUUUGAGAUAGACGAGUUGCUGCGGGAGCAGGGCCUAUCGCGGGUGCAGGUUGAGACGGACGUUACUCCAAUCCUGAACGACGUCCGCGGCGGGCCGAUGCAGCAGAAGUACAACCGGCGCCUGAUUGACGUGCAUGUGCUGAAGCUCACGUCGAGUGGCGACGGACUGGCUAUCGUCGACAGCCCCGAGGAUAGCAACAAGAAACAGCUAGUGCUGGUGCCAUUUGGCCUGCCAGGCGACGUGGUCACCAUCCAAGUGCACAAGACACACCCGCACUACGCCGAAGCGUCUCUGCUGGAGGUGCAGACCUCUGCUGAAAUGCGCCACGACGACCUCAUCAACUGCAAGUACUUCGGGAAGUGCUCCGGUUGCCAGUAUCAGUUCCUGACGUAUGACCAGCAGCUGCAGCUCAAACAGCGAACCGUGUCAAAUGCGUUCAAGUUCUUUGCUCCCCAGCUGCUGGCCGAGGGCCUGCUCCCCACCGUCGGCGAGACGGUCGCAUCGCCGCUACAGUUCGCCUACAGGACCAAACUAACGCCGCACUUUGACAUGCCGCGGAAGGUCAAGCAGCUCGAAACCCGCCCACCGCUGGGAUUUGGCCAAAAGGGCCGGCCCACGUGGCGCCACUCCGACGCCGGCGGCAGCGCCGCGAUCCUGGACAUCGAGGACUGCCCGAUUGGCACAGAGAUCAUCCGCCGCGGCAUGCGCAAUGAGCGCGCUCGAUUCGAGGAGACCUUCAAAAACUACAAAAAGGGCGCCACGAUCCUCCUGCGCGAACAUACCAAGGUGCUCAACCCGGCAGCCCCUGUGGAGGAGCAGCUAGACCCGGGCUCCUGCGACCCAGUCUCGGGCCAGGUCUCCCAUCUGCGUGUCGACGCCGACCCGCCGCUGCUCAAACUAUGCACCACCAACACUCGCCAGAUCGUCACCGAGUACGUCGACGGCUGUACUUUCGAGUUCAGCGCCGGCGAGUUCUUCCAGAACAACAGCUCUAUCCUGCCUGUCGUGACAGCCUACGUCCGCGACAACGUCCGCAUCCCUAACUCCGGGCCGGAGGACAAGCACUACCUUGUGGACGCCUACUGCGGCUCGGGCCUGUUCAGCAUCACCGCGUCCAAGGGCGUCGACCGCGUCAUCGGAGUUGAAGUCUCCGCCGAUAGCGUCGCAUUUGCAGAACGCAACGCAAAGACCAACGGAGUCACCAACUGCACCUUCAUCGUCGGAAAGGCGGAGAAAAUCUUCGCCUCGAUAGACACCCCAUGCGACAGAACCUCGGUCAUCCUCGACCCUCCGCGCAAGGGCUGCGACGACGUCUUCCUGAAGCAGCUCGCCGAGUACAACCCCGCGCGCAUUGUCUACAUAUCCUGCAACGUUCACUCGCAGGCCCGGGAUGUUCAGUACUUCCUGAAGGAGACGCCUAACGGCGCACGGUACAAGGUCGACUCCAUCCGCGGCUUUGACUUCUUCCCGCAGACUCAUCACGUGGAGGGCGUCUGCGUGCUCUCCCGCGACUAG